AUGAAGCUUUCCAUCACGGUUCUAAACGCUCUGUUUGCCGCGGCACUGGCUGCUCCAGCUCCGGGCUCUGGCUUAGCACCAAGAUCAAACACCAGAGCUCGACUCGAUUCCCGCAGGGCCGCAAAAAGCCACAAGCAGGGCCAUCAUCACCAUGCCUCGUCGAGCGCAUCCUUGUCUCGUUCGUCCGCCGCCGCUUCCCCCACUCUAGUCUUUCCUUCUGGCUUCCUUCCGUCUUCUUCUUCUUCUUCUGUUGUCCCCUCGUCGUUGUCGUCGUCUUCAUUGGCUGCUGCUGCGUUGUCGGUGCCAUCUGCCACUGCCACUCGGGCAUCCGCGUCGUCCUCUUCCGCGACGGCCGUGGUGCAUGCCAGUUCCGAUGUCGAGUACAAUGAGUCUUGGGCCGGCGCGGUUGUUACCGGCAGCGACAUGACGGGCGUUUCGGCCUCGUUUGCCGUGCCGGAUCCUGCGAUUCCUUCCUCGGGACAAACCUCUGCUACUGAGCACACUGCUAGUGUCUGGAUUGGCAUGGACGGAUAUAACUGCGAUGGCGGCCUGUGGCAGGCUGGCGUAGACGCUACCAUCGAUUCUCAGGGCACUUCUUUUUACGCGUGGUAUGAGUGGUACCCAGAGGAUACAGUGGCCAUAGACUUGGGAGAUAUUGCGGCCGGCGACAUCAUCACGGUCAACCUAACCUCAUCCGGCGACUACACCUCGGGCAGCAUCGUCAUGGAAAACAAGUCCACCGGCAACUCCUUCACCAAGACGGUCACGGACUCGAGCGCCGCGCUGUGCGGCGCCGCCAUUGAGUGGAUCAUGGAGGACUUGGUCGUCGACGGCAGUGAGAAUGGGCUCGCGGAUUUUGGCACCGUUACCUUUAGCGAUGCCGCGGGCACGAGCAAGGGCGGCAGCGUCUCACCUGCCGAUAGUCAGUUGCUGGAUAUUCAGGACUCGGACGGAACUGCUCUGACAGCUUCUUCAACCACAAGCGACUCUGUCGUCAUUGUGUACCAAUAA